AUGAAAGCAAGAUUUGUUUUCUCCACAUUGUUGGCGGUUGUAGCGCAUCACCAAGUGUUGGAAUGUUUUGCGGAGCAAUAUGAGAUGCACAAUGGGGAAGGUGACACGUCACUCCUUAAUGAGCCCUAUGAUGACAGUGUCCGCAAUGAAGAAUCGGGUUUAGUAGGGAGUGCACCUCAAGAUUUUCCGUUGUAUAGUUCGAGAAACACAUCACUGAAAGGCAAGAAGUCCUCCGCUAAACUCCCAGAAAGUACAAUGAACAGAACGAGCUCGUUAACAAAUGGUAGGCAUAUUUUGCAGAAGAUGCGCUCUAAAAGCGCUGUUAUGAAAUCGCCAAGUAGCAAUGACAAUGCAGAUGAAAAGAAAGUAUUUAGGGUCAAAAAGACGGUAGAGAUUUUGAUUGAUGCACCUACGAGUAGUGCAAAGGGGGAUGGAGAUGCAGGUAGAAAUAUGAGCACGAAAAGUACGGUAGUGGAAGUACCUGACAGUUCGAGAUCAGACAUCGAUGUUACAGCUGAGGUUCCAAGUGCUGAAACGCAAUCAGAGAGGCCGGUGUAUGACGAAACAGUUGUGCCAAAGAGUUCACCUCCGGAAUUUGGAAUGGAAGGUGAUACCGUCAAGAACCGCUUGCCCCAAAGUGCCAUGCAAUACGAAGACGAGAAAACCGGUAUGGUCAGAGAAGAUGAGGAUGGCCUCCUUUUUAAUAACGGUGUCAAAGAGUUGGAUUACAGUGAGACAAUGUCGAGUCAAAAGGUAGAGCCCACACUGGAACCAGAUGCUGAUGGCUCUGCAACCUAUGAAACAUUUCCUUUGAGUACCGAAGAUGGAUAUGAUUCGCAAAAUGCUAUCCGUAGGUCACCUGUGGAAUCUGACAGCGAUGUAUAUGAAUCUUCAUCCGGAAUGGUUAUGCCCCACCACCGAAGCUCAAAUCCACUGCAUCCAGAAGAUGGUACAGGGGAUGAUGAGGGUCAUGGCAGGCGAGAUGGAUCAAUAGUGCGCGGCAAUACGCGUGUGAAGCAUGGCUACCGACUCGGUGGAUUGAAUGAGCCGUCUAAUUAUUUUGCGCCUGCAAGGUACGCAGAUAAUACUCAUCACCGAGGCUUACAUAAGGGAGGCGUUAAAGCACACCACAGAAAGCGCAGCACAAAGAAACACUACAACAAAUUGGGAGACGAAUAUUUGACCAACUAUCGCUCCGAAUUGAAAGAAAAUUCACCAAGGCGCAAGAAGAUGGCGCGUAGUGAUUCCACGGGUGAUGUAACUACAGAAGCAGCGGAGAGAAGUAUCGACCCAGAAUCAUCUUCCAUCGAAGUGGAUGUAAUUGGAGAUGAUAAUUCUGAUGGAGAUAUGACCAAUGAAGUGUCAGGAGUUCCGGUUUACCCGCAGAUGCUGGAGAAAGAGGCCACCGUAGAUACGGAGACGGCUAACGCCGACGUUGAUGAGGACACGAUGCCCAUUGAAGAGGAUUCUGAUGCUAUAGAAACUAGUGACAGCCCUAAAAUGGAGAGCGAAUUGUCGAGUGAUUCAUCUGACACAGUUGAUGAAAUUGAACCUGACGAAAUAUCCGAUGGCACUGCUCUGAGGGGCCUCCGCUCCAAGGGUCGUAAAGCGCCCAAGAAAAUUGCGAAACCAGCGAAAUCCAAGGCGCCCAAGAAAAACAAAAAGAAGCCCGUGAACAAACGUAAACGUGGGGAUAAGAAAGCGAAAAGGAGUAAGCGGUUAGAGAAAAAGAGGAUGGCCCGUGCUGAAAGGAAAAGGUCAGAGAAAGCUGCUAAGCAAGCGAAAAUAGCGGCGAAGAAAUCUCGCAAGGAGGCUAAAAAGGCGGCUAAGGAUGUGAUUGUCUUGGAAAACAGUACUACGGAUGAUGUUAACGUAAUCGCCGCUCCGUCGGAAACAGCUGCUCCUAAAAGCACGUCAGACUCUCCAAAUGACGGCAAGACAGGUUCAGAUGGAAACGAUCCACCGAUCUCAGUGAAAGCAAUCGCGGAUAGCACAGAAAAAGCGACUACAUCGGAGGAAAACAGCGCAGAUGCUGGCAAAGGGCCAGCUGACAGUGCAACAUCAGAUAACACUGUAAGCCUCAAUGGUUCCAAUAAGGCAUCUGUCGCAAGUUUUGAAGACACAUCUAUGAGUGCAGACGACACGGCAGAAGGCAAUGCAGCCGAGAAGGACAAUACGCCAGAUGUCGAAUCUCCGAGUUCAGACGAGGGAGAUGAAGAUGAGAUGAGUGACAGUCAGGAGGAUCUUGAUGAAGAAUCGGAAGCCGACGACGUUGACGAAGACGACAGUGAAGAGGUAACUCAUCUCUGA